ACACCGAAGCCUAUUGGGUCACCAGAGCAGAGGGUAUGUAGAGCCCAGAAGAAUCUAUUCCAUUUGCCCAUUGGGGCUCACCUCUUCUGUUUGGAUAGGACUCCAGUGCCAGCAGAAGCUCACCGCACUAACACAGAAUUGUAUCCUAAAAUUUCUCAGAGAUGAAUGAAACACAUACAACAUAUAUGGAUAUCAAACAUCCUCCUAAGAAGCAGAUGCCCAAAAAAAGGCCUUCAGUGCCAUUUGUCUGGUGUCUCGCUGUAGUGAUUCUUGGAAUCCUCUGUUUCCUUCUCCUUGUAACAACUGCAGUCUUGGGAUCCAUUGUUUUCCAGGGUCAUACGACAAAUGAAACGCAGAAGCUUCCACUGGACAAUAGGACCCAGCAAGACGAGUCCACAUUUAAAAACACGACUAUCAUAGAGUUUCCACUUAACACAGGACACAAGAGGAACAUAUGUAAAACUCAAUGGUCAUGCUGUGGAAAUAAAUGUUAUCAUUUUUCACGUGAUUUCAACACUUUUCAAGACAGUAAGAAUAUCUGCAAGAAUAUGGGCGCCACACUUGUUAAGAUAGAAGAUGAAGAAGAACUGAACUUCAUUCGAAGUCAGAUGCACUUGUACACUUGGAUUGGGCUCUCCCGUAAAGGAACCAACAGGUCAUGGAAAUGGGAAGAUAACUCAAAUCCCUUUCUCCAAGUGAUAAGUGACUGGAAAGAGACAAAAGGUGGAAACUGUGCAAGUAUGACAAAAAUGAGGAUGAUUGCUUCUGACUGUUACAAACUACUGCCCUUUACUUGUGAGAAGAGAAUUCCCUGUGUGGCUACCUCAUAAUAGGAACAACAAAAGACAAGGACGAUAUUUUUUCUUGUAAAGAACCAGACUUCUUAAAGUCCUAGAGUCUUCCUCUCUCAUUUCAGAAUGUCCUUGCUUUUUUAUGGGCUGUACCAAUAUGCCAGCCUCUGGCAGAGAUGAUGCUGGAAUAUUGGGUGCACCAGCGUGAGCGACAUCAGACCCCUCACCUCUGCCCUUUCACGUGGAGACAGCCACGUUAUGAGCACAGGUUGGUGGAGUAAGAGUAUCAGCUUUCCUGAUGAGGAUUAAGAAGGAAACUUCUCCAUACUGUUUCUACAACUCACACGGAUUUAGGAAGGAAUCCCGCAAACUUCAGUCACCAGCAUGCACGUUUUGUCUGGAAAUCAAUGCCACCAGUCAUUACAAGGAUUAUUCUCUAUGAAUGUGUAUGCAUUUCUAUUUGAUUCCUUCCUUUUUAAGAGGAAGACUGUGUUGUAUCCUAGAAAGCAAUAGGAUCUCGAAUCAGAUUGGAGUCUCAGUUAGCUAUGUGCCCUCUGGCAACUUGAAACUUCUGGGUCAUAAUUUCCUCAUCAGUGGGUAACUACAAACUGCAUUUGCAAAGUGGCUGUACCAUUUUGCAUUCGUAUCAGCAGGGUAUGAAAUUCCAUUUGUUUGAAUCCCUCCAACAUUUAAUGCUGCCAGUUUUUAAAACCAGUUUCGUAAGGGUACAGCAUAAUUAAGUGUGGUUUUAAUUUGUAUUUUUCUAAUGAAUAAUUCUAGCCAUAUUUUCAUGUGUUUUUUUGUUAAUCAUGUAUCUUUUGUGGUAAAGUAUUGAUUCAAAUUUUUGCCUACUGUUACUUCAUUGUUUUCUUGUUGAUGAGUAAUGAAAGUUCAUUAUAUGUUUGAUACUGAUAUUUUAUCAGACAUGUGUUUUAUGAAUAUUGUUUCCAGUCUCUCAUUCUUACCUUUUAUUCUCUUAACAUUGUCCUUAGAAGUUUUAGAAGAAAAGAAGGGCAGAGUUUUAGUUUGAUAAAGUGUAAUCAUUUUUUUUUAAGUCAUGACUUCUGAGGGGUUUUUGGUCCUAUGAAAAUUUCAAUUUACCUGAGGUUGAAUUUUUUUCUCCUAUGUGGUCUCUAAAAGCUGUAAGUUUACAGUGAAUUCUACACUCUACAUCAAAUUAAUUUUCGUAUAUGACAUGUUUCCUUUCUUUAAACUUUUGCAUAUAAAUGUCUAA